AUGGGUUCUACUUCAAAUGCAUCAGAAUUUAAUAUUCAAUCAACAAUAACAAGACGAAAUCAACAUUUCGUUAUUGCAAUAACAAAUUAUCCAAACUUACUACAACGUACACAAGAUUUUCAACAGUCACCAAAUCAGGAAUGGCAACAACGCUUGCGAGGUGGUAUAUUGAUACCGAAUCAAGCAGUUCAUUUUGGAAUGGCUCAUACUACAGAACAUGAAACCAUACUAUAUAACACAUUACGAUUCGAAUUAGAAGAAUCUAUUCGAGCUUAUCUUCAACGAACUCGAAGAUCAUAUCCAAUUAGUUUGGUUUUUGAUUUUUCAAACAUGGAUCAACAGCGAUAG